CAAUCAUUGGUUCCUAGCUUCACUUGUUUUAUUUUUUUCUUUGAGAGAGAGAGAGAGUUUAUCAUCUCCAUGUAAGUUGAGGCCCCCACCCCCCUAAAAACUAUAUAAGGUGGUCAUUGACAAAAAUGUUUCAUUCAAACAGUGCUUCUCUCUUCUGAGUUCUGCUCUCUCAUCGAUUUUUUUCCACUAUCCACAUUUAUAUUUUCUUCAUCUCUCUCUCUCUCUAGAAGAAAAGGCUCUUUAGUUAAUUGAUUAAGACUAAAGAAAAGAAAACGAAAAGAUCUAAUUAAGGCUAUGGCCAUAGAGAUUGAGAAACCUAGAGUUGGGCUAUCAAAAAUGGCCACGUCAGAUACCCAUGGAGAAGAUUCACCCUACUUUGCUGGGUGGAAAGCAUAUGAUGAAGAUCCAUUUGAUGAAGUUCACAACCCAUCUGGUGUUAUUCAAAUGGGAUUGGCCGAAAAUCAAGUGUCAUUUGAUUUGGUGGAAAAGUACUUGGAAAAGCACACAUGCUCUGGGGGUGGAGUUUCUAGCUUCAGGGAAAAUGCUUUAUUCCAAGAUUAUCAUGGACUGCUUUCAUUUAGAAAGGCAAUGGCUAGCUUCAUGGAAAAAAUAAGAGGUGGAAGGGCAAGAUUUGAUCCUGAUAGAGUUGUUAUUACAGCUGGCGCCACUUCUGCUAAUGAGUUAUUAACUUUCAUCUUAGCUAAUCCUGGCGAUGCUUUGCUUGUUCCAACUCCUUACUAUCCAGGAUUUGACAGAGACUUGAGGUGGAGGACGGGUGUGCAAAUCGUUCCAAUCCAUUGCGACAGUUCAAAUAAUUUCCAAGUUACUCCACAAGCCUUAGAAGAAGCCUACGAGGAAGCAGAAUCCAAGAACAUAAAAGUGAGAGGAGUUCUUAUAACAAACCCCUCUAACCCAUUAGGUGCCACCAUCCAAAGGUGUGUGCUUGAGGGCAUUCUUGAAUUCGUCACAAGAAAAAACAUCCACCUUGUGUCCGAUGAAAUCUACUCGGGUUCCGCCUUUUGUUGCUCCGAAUUUGUCAGCAUUAGUGAAGUAAUUGAAUCAAGGAAUUACAUGGAUUCAGAGAGGGUACACAUUGUGUACAGCCUCUCCAAGGACCUGGGACUACCCGGGUUUCGAGUUGGGACAAUCUACUCUUACAAUGACAAAGUUGUGACAACUGCAAGGAGAAUGUCGAGUUUCACAUUGAUUUCUUCUCAGACACAACAAUUCCUAGCUUCCAUGUUGUCUGACGAGAAAUUCACUGAGGAUUACAUAAAGACGAAUCGCAAAAGGCUGAGGAGGAGAUAUGAAAUGAUCAUUCUUGGAUUGAGGAGUGCUGGGAUUGAGUGCUUAAAAGGGAAUGCAGGAUUGUUUUGCUGGAUGGAUUUGAGUCCUUUGUUGGAAAAGCCUACAAAGGAAUAUGAAUUGGCCCUUUGGAACAGAAUAUUGCAUCAAGUGAAACUGAAUAUUUCUCCAGGCUCCUCUUGCCAUUGCUCAGAGCCUGGUUGGUUCAGGGUUUGUUUUGCCAACAUGAGUGAAAAUACGCUAGAAAUUGCACUCAGAAGAAUACAUGAUUUCAUGGAAAGAAAGAGAACAGAAAAGACUUACUGAUCUUGAUCAUUUCCCAAUUUUCUUUUUUAUAGUUUUUUUUCCUCUUCUUUUUUUGGUUUGGGGAAUUUUUUUUCCCAGAUGCGAUUGCUUCUGGAGUAUUCUUGAAUUAUACCCAUUCCAAGAAUUGGAUUUUUCCCGCAGGCACUGUACCUCGGAUUGAAUUUGAAAUUUAAU